AUGGGUCUUAAUGUGAAUUUGCUUUUGACGUGCCGAUCAUUACCUUCUUUGUCUAGGCUUGAAAAUUAUUCUUGUAAGAUGGUAUCAGAGGAAAAACGUCAGUACAAGGACUUGGUCUCUCGUCUAGAAAUUGAAGGUGAACAGAGUUCAUGUCUACGACUUAGUUCAUCUCGCACGAUUCGUGGUCUUCGUGAACUGACGGGACUGCCUAUCUCUAGGUCUUCAUACCAAAUGAGUUCAUCCCAGGCUGAGGCAGAUGACAACGUCUCAAGUCGCAACCGUUCUCGCACCUCCUCGAGCUGCUCAGAAGAAGGGAGUCUCAAUUCUCCAACGAAAGCUUCGCAGCUGUCUAUAACCGCAAAGGAAUUUUUUUGCUUAAUGAGUACACUCAACCUUUCCUUCAACUCCGCCUACGACUUUCUAACUGCAGAAAGUGACGAAUUCUGCCUGGAGCCUGAACUAAGGGCGAGUAUUGUGAAACACUACAUCUCGCGUCUGUGCUCAAUUUAUGUGGACAAGUACGAGCUGCUCGCACCUAAAUUAUGGCUUGCAAUUAAUGAAGCAAUUGUGCCUCACAAGUGUGUCAUUUACAGCUAUAGACCCAAUCAUGCGUCUGAUCCGUACAGCAGUGGGUGCCUUGCCUCAUUCAAUUACUUCUUCUGUAACCGUGACUUGAAACGCAUUCUCUUCUUUUCGCUUCGCGUACUAAACGAAUCACCGGCAGAAGAGCAGUUUGAAGACGAAAUGCAGGAUAUAUUUUGA